AGUUCAAACUGUUGGUUCGUAAAUUUUUUAUCACCCACUGUGAAGGACUGGUGAGCCUAUGUUAGAUCUUCAUUGAUUAGAGAAACCUGAUACAUGUGAUAGAGAGAUACCGUGAAGCGAAAUACAUGCUAUAAUACAUGUGAUUUAUACUCAGGAUUAAAGUUUUAUUUGAGAAGAAUUCCGUCAAUAAACCACUUAAAUUCAGAUCAGUAAAAAAAAGAGUUCAAACACCUCAAAGUUUAAGAAGUAUAGGACAACACACCUCCAUUCAAUAGAAAAAAAGUUAUGUUCGCCCUACUUGUGGUUUUACCAAGCUCUCUGAAAGGUGCGAAGAGUAUUGUAUUUCAGGCGCAGAUCAGUUUCUUUCAGGGCCAUUUGACACCCCUGAAAGGCAGCUUUCUUCUUCUGAAGCGGGUCACAUGACCAAGCUGUUUGAUACAGUCACACGUUGAGAUCCUGUCUGCCUCCAAAGUGUCGCAGCAAAGGAGUCGAGAUGACGUUCAUCGCAAAGACCUUUUACGACUUGAGGGCCACCACGCUGGAGGGAGACUCCAUGGAUUUCAACGUGUUCAGGGGCCGGGUCGUCCUGAUUGAGAAUGUGGCCUCGCUCUGAGGCACCACCACCCGGGACUUCAGCGAGCUCAACCUGCUGCAAAGCAAGUACCCUCAUCGGCUGGUGGUCCUGGGUUUUCCCUGUAACCAGUUUGGAUAUCAGGAGAACUGCUCCAAUGGCGAGAUUCUGAAUUCCCUGCAGCAUGUGCGUCCCGGCGGCGGCUAUCAGCCCAACUUCACCAUCUUUGAGAAGUGUGACGUCAACGGCACAAACACACACCCAGUGUUUGCCUAUCUCAAAGACAAGCUCCCCUAUCCUGAUGACGACCCAAAGUCCCUCGUGCAGGACCCAAAGUUUCUGGUUUGGAGUCCCAUCAGCAGGACGGAUGUCUCCUGGAACUUUGAGAAGUUCCUCAUUGGGCCAGAAGGCGAGCCCUUUAAAAGAUAUAGCAAAAAGUUCCCCACCAUUGACGUAGAGCCUGACAUUCAAAGACUGCUGAGAUUAACCAAGACCUAAGAAUAGCCUAUACCUCUUUACGACUUCUCUUCCAUCACGCUCAAAACUGAUAUGCUGUCCUCCACACUUUUAAGCCUUAUUAAAUGAUGGUGAUAUUCUAAAAGCUAUGAAUGUUAUCUGAUGCUGUAUAAGUGCUUAAGAGUAGUGGAGGAAUGAAUUCAAAAUAUGUGACCGGAAUUUUAUUGUGAUAUGAAAGUUUGAACGUGGGUAUACUUAAUAGAAAUUACCACUUUUAGGAGGUUACUUCCUUUUGAAUAUCCUUUUGUUCCUGUCAGUGACCAGCAGAUGGCGCUGCUGACUUGAUUAAACAUGUGUACCUUCUAUCAUGCAUUAACAAAUUAACAUUCCUCUCACAC